AUGGCCAAUCGAGACAAUCAUGGCGGUCUUCCCAGAGGAGACGACUUCGACAAGGAUCCAGAGAGGGUCGCCGCUGGCCAUAAAGCCACCAUCGCCAACCCGCAAACGUCUGACAAGGCAAAGGCGCACUCAACGGCGGUUCUAGGCGACAUGGGGGAGCCAAGGCGAGCCCAAGGACAAAACGAAAGCGAUCUAACUCAGCAAACGGGCAAGGACCCAAGCAAUGUUGCUCGCGGUCUCAAGGCGACUAUCAGCAACCCUGGCGUUUCCGCGGAAGCAAAGAAUAAUGCAAAGGAGAGGCUUAAAAAGGAGGAUUUUUGA